AUGCAUCAGAAGAUUCAAGACAAAAAAUCGCUGACGACAAUUUCAAAGAAUAAAAAACCAACUAGGAUGAUAAUAAAAACAGCGAAAAGAAUAACCACAACGAAACCAGCAUUAGCAUUCGACGUUCUAGUACAAAUAUUUUUUCACGUGGCUGGGAUUACGAGCAACGACCACACGGAAAUUUUCGAAUAUUCCGUUUAUCAAGAUUUAUACAGCUGUCUGCUGGUAUCGCGAGCAUGGGCACAAGCGGUAGUUCCAAUAUUGUGGAGUCAACCAAUAAGAAAAUAUCAUCCACAGCAAAAUCUGAAAGUUUUAUCCGUGUAUUUGGCGUCGCUUGAUGUGAUUCAACGAGGAUUACUUAAAACUUCCGGCAUCGAUAUUGAUGUCAAACCUUCAACUUCCACGAAGCAGAAAUCACAUCCCGCCAUGAAAUUAGCAUACGCUAGGCACAUCAAGCAUUUGAACUAUGGUGCGUUGAUCGAUUGUUGCCGGAAUUUCUGCAAAAAGCAUUGUGCGAAACGUGGACAAUCAAAUGACUCGUAUUUGUUGCUGAUAAAGACUGUAUUGCAGUUGUUUGCGAAAGAGGGAGCGAGAUUAAAGGUUUUGCAAUUGUAUCCGGGUGUGAAUAGAUAUCAGCGUGGGAUGUAUACACCGUUAACGGUGUAUAAAGAUGUUCAUUGUUUGUUGAGGGAUGUUAAACAUUUGGAGUUGUGUGGAUCUUUUGAUGGUGGUGAUAAUGAAGUUCAAGCGUUGACUUCAAUUUGUAGUAAAGUUGAACAUAUAACGGUUCGAUAUUUUUCCUCGAUAAUAGAUCAAUGGUUAGGUUUACACGCAUACAUCCACAAAAAAUCCAAUGCAUCAGUAUUUCUCAUCCAAUCACAAAAACAUCUCAAAUCACUUACCCUCCAAAAUUGUCAUCUAUACAACAACGAGCAAUUAUGCGCCGCGAUUCUAACCCAGAAAUCAACAUUACAACACGUGACGCUCAAAGAAAUCGAUUUCAACGAGAAACCAUUAAUGUUCACAGCGUUGGCCGAGUGCACGAAUCUCAAAACAUUAACGUUGAGCAGUUGUCGUGGACUUACCUCACCCGACAUGAUUUCUCCUCUGUCUAAACCGGCGUUUGAGAAGCUGCAACAUGUUCGUGUGGUUCCGAAACGUGAUAGUUGUUUGCCAGGUGGUGAACAUUCGAAAAUUUGUAAGGAGUUUAAAAUGUGGGCUAAUAUGAAAACCAGAGCAAUUUAA